AUGGUCUAUAGAACACCAACCAAGCAACGAGACAAGAGUGGUCACGUGCACCACAGCGCUCAAGAUGCUGCGACACCAGCCACACCCACGCCUGUCGCGUCCUCAUCCCGGUACCAGCUCCGGGCGCGCAAACCUCGAGAAGCCUCGCCAACACCAACGCGACGAAACAACGGCUCAGUAACGCCAUCACCACAUAAAUACCACAACCACUAUAACUACCAGUACAACAGCCUCGAUCUCAGUGCAAGCGCGAGGAAGCGAAAUCGCACAAUGUCAAGCACGGCUGGCAAAUGGCGCGAGGAGCAGGUCCUCAUCAUCUGCCCUGGCAGCAGAACCACUAUGGCUCAGCUGGGUUGCAGUGAAUUGACUCCUCCUGCCCGGCGCAUGCCUACCAGGAUGUUUAAGGAUGGCGAUCAGUGGGCGCCUUAUCACAAGACGAAGCGCACGACUAUUGUGAAUGGCGUUGAGGAAGAGGAAUGGUUGGAGGAUGUUGACGAGGACGAGGGAGCCGUGUAUCCCAUUGAAGCUGGCCGCAUCGUCAACAUGAGUGCACUCCUCGCUUUUCUCGAUCAUGUCCACGGCUUGCUUACAACUACAUACCACAACACUCCCAUCAUGCUCAUGGCUUCACCACAAUGGACACGACCCGACUGCGAGACAAUUGCCCGAUACGUCUUUGAGAAUACGAGAACACCUGCGCUAUGCAUAAUCCACAGCGGAAUCGCUACGCAGUAUGGUCUGAAGUGGCCCAAUAUGACUGUGGUGGAUAUUGGCUACCAAAAGGUCGACGUUACAGCAAUUCACGAUGGACGAGUUGUAAACCAUAUGGAUGUCAGCGCAUCUGAUGCCGAUGGUGAAAUUAGCGGAGGUGAAGUUUUCACAAAGAGCUUGCUCAAGUUGCUAGAAAACAAGGGUUUCAACCAUGAUAUGGCGGAGCAGCUCAAGAAGAGCAACAUUUGCGAAGUCCUCCCCUACGUUGCUACCGAGGAGGAAUUGAUGCAACUUCCCACGGAGAACACUGCAGGCGCAACAGGUGGUCAACCAGCUUCUGCCGUUGCAGAGGCUGCUACGAAAGCCCCUGAAGCGCCGAAACCCACAGACAAUGGAGAUGCUGAUGAGAGCAAUGGCAACCCAGAGGAUGAUGGAGUUCUAGACGUCGCGGCCAUCGUUACUAGCGGGCAGACAAAGGAAUUCCUCGCCAAGAAGGAGAAGGAGAAAGAAAAGGGCAAGGGAGGCCGAAAGAAGGGCGAAAAGGACGCCGAGGGCGCCGCUAAGGCUGCACGUCUACCGAACUCCAAGAGGACUCACAACACCUUCUUCUACGAGGAAAUCAUCCAGGAAGAGGUUCCCCCACCAUCCAAGGAGAAGGAAACAGUAGAGACCGCUGCGGCCACUACCAAUGGUAACGGCACAACAGAAGCUCCCAAGCCUGAGGGCGAGACCAACGGAGCUCAACCUCAAGGCGACAACACCGCUGCGCCUGCGACAGAGACAGAGACAGAGACACCUGCGACGGAAGCGCCUAAGCCAGAACAAACUCAAGAGCCAGCGCAGUCGAUAGAACCCAAGCCUGAUGCUGAGCCAAAGCCUGACGCUCAACCCACCACCGAGACCCCUGAGAAGCGACCAAAGCGCAUUCGUCGAGAUGUCGAAGUUGGUCUUGAGCGCUUCACUUUCGCUCAACGUCGUGAGAUCGAUCGCAUUGUCAACGCCAUCUAUCGCACUGUCCAGGGCAUCGAUGACAUGUACAUGCGACCUCCAUGCUGGGACAACCUUGUCUUCGUUGGCAACGGUGCUCGUCUCCGCGGUCUUCGCGAGAACAUUCUCCAGACCCUCAACGCCCGUCAUCUCGUCUCCCCAUCCACCGCCACAAUGUUCACCUCAGAGCUGCCCUCUAACAUGGCCACGCCCACUGGAACCGGCGCUCAAACCCCCACUGGCUCCUUCACAGGCGCACCUCACCAGCUUUCCUCAAGCGGCGUGAAUCCCCUCCUCCAAGCCGCUACCACGGCUGCAGCUGCUGGCACCGCUAACAACAUGGUCGGCACGCCGCAGCCAGCUUCUGAGGCUGGAGGACCCACGACUCAUCACUUCCACAGCCAGACUCCCACGAGCAUCAAGACGGCUACUCUGCCGAACUACUUGAGCGAGUGGACAAAGAAUGGCUUCGAGGAGUCUAUGUUCCUUGGUGCUCAGGUCGCUGCUCGUAUUGCGUUUUGCCUACACUCCAACAUGGAUGCCCAGACCAUUGAGGCCCAAAGGCUUAUGAGUUUGAGCAGAGUUGAUUAUAACGAACUUGGUCCCAAGGGUAUUCGAACACAUUCUAUGCUAGGCUAGAAUCGCACAACGAGCUGAUAAUUUUAUGUCAUUAUACGGGUUUCUCGUUCACGUGGUCUCAGCACAGACUUUCAAAUCGUGGACUUGAAAGAGGAGUUUUUAAAGGGGCCAGCGAAAUGGUAAAAGGAAGACGCAAAAUGAGUCAAGACUUGAAAAUGAGUGGAGGGGAGCGGGUAUAGCAGGGCAUAGCAGAAAUGAGAUAAUACCAUAGAUUCGAACAUGCCUUGUAUGAUUAUACACAAUCAGUCACUCAAUUAAAAGCUUUCCAUGAAUCGAACUUGCUACAGUUGAGUACACCAGGCAUGGAUAUAUUCAACUGUGGCUAAAACAUCACAUUAAUAUUUCAUUGUUUGCGACGGUUCCAAUUAAAGCAUCAACACAACCCCCAUAUAAUCGUCAGCAUUUGUCGUCAACUAUUCCUCCUUUUCCUAUCACCACAAGUCAUAACCACUGCAUAAUUCCACAGUACUUGCUUUGACUCCAAAAAUGUAAGACGAUCCAAGGUCAAUAAGAAAUAUCAAGGGCAUACGCCACUAACCAGCAGCGUUUCGAAGGGCUGCUUCCUCGGCAGCUUUGUGCCAGUCGGUUCGGAGUAGGUAGAUGUACUCAAUCGAUGCGACGCUGUCAUACAGUUAGAAACAUUGCUUCCAGUACGAGGACAAUUCAACUUACGACAUAGUUCCAACUGUGACACCGAGCCAUAGACCGCUCAGCUUCCAAUCAAGGCCAAAGGCCAGGGCGAGCGAGCACGGAAGAGAGAGGGCGUAGUAUGCGAUAAUGUUGGCAGGGCCGCCAAUCGACUGUUUUCCAAUACCUCGGAGCAGUCCAUGAGCACCUGCUGCAAGACCAUCAAAGACUUGCAUAACCGACACGAUCGGCAUGACUGCUGCAACAAGAUCAAUAACAUCGUCGUCCUUGGUGAACAACAGCGGUAGCUGAUAGCGCAUGGUUGUGUAAAUAGUCAGGUUG